UCAUUGUGCUAGCCUAGCCAACCCGGCCCUUCCCACCUGACUCCCUGCUCUGAUCAUCUCCCUGAUCUCCUCUCUCUCUUUUUCUAGUUUAGCGCCUCCGGCCGACUCUGAUACCCGAAUUCCGACUAUGAGUGUUGAUCUGGAAUCGUUGGCGGAGGCGACCUCUGGCGCCAUAGGAUCACUCUUGAGUACGACCAUCUUGUACCCGCUUGACACCUGUAAGACCAAGUACCAAGCCGAGGCUCGGGCCCAUGGCCACCAAAAAUACAGGAACCUCUCUGAUGUGUUAUGGGAAGCAAUAUCUUCCCGUCAGGUGCUUUCGCUUUAUCAGGGUCUGGGAACAAAAAACCUUCAAUCCUUCAUUUCGCAGUUUGUCUACUUCUAUGGCUACAGCUAUUUUAAAAGAUUGUAUCUGCGGAAGAGUGGUUCUAAACGUAUUGGAACCAAAGCAAACUUGGUCAUUGCUGCUGCCGCUGGGGCCUGCACUGCCAUUGUGACUCAGCCCCUGGAUACAGCCUCUUCAAGGAUGCAGACAAGUGAUUUUGGAAAAUCUAAAGGUCUUUUGAAGACCCUUACGGAAGGCACUUGGAAUGAUGCAUUUGAUGGUCUCAGCAUUUCCUUACUGCUGACCUCAAACCCAGCAAUUCAGUAUACAGUUUUUGAUCAACUGAAACAACGAGUCCUGAAGAAUCAGCAAAACAGCGUAGACAGGGGAUCAUCUCCAGCAUCCCUCUCUGCAUUUAUGGCCUUUCUCUUGGGAGCUAUUUCAAAGAGUGUUGCUACCGUCUUAACGUAUCCCGCUAUCAGGUGCAAGGUGAUGAUCCAAGCUGCGGACAAUGAGGAAAAACCAGCCUCAAAAUCACAGAAGAAGUCAGGGAAAACAGUCUGCGGAGUUCUCUGUGCAAUAUGGCAAAGGGAGGGCUUACCGGGUUAUUUCAAAGGAUUGCAUGCUCAAAUCUUAAAGACUGUUUUGAGCUCAGCUUUGCUUUUGAUGAUAAAGGAGAAGAUCUCUGCCACAACUUGGGUACUUAUACUUGCAAUUAGAAGGUCACUGUUGGUCCCGAAGGGUAGAAUAAAAAACCUAUAAAAUGGAAAUAAGUGAAUGAAAAUACCUAAAUCUUAUAUGCAUAGCGUAGUUUAGUUCAUUUCUUCGUGUCAAACCUCUGUUAUGACGGUUGAAAGCAAUUUCACGUUUUUACCAAGUUUGCGUAGUAGAUGAAGUGAUGUCAAAUAAAUUUCACGUUGCAGUGGUGUGGAUGAUUGCAAGGUGUAUUUUUGUGGAUAUACGAUGCGGUUAAUAAAAUUUUUGCUUCCCUGGA